ACGAGGAGCAUCGCAGCCAGCCUUUAGCUUAUUAGCUUAACAGCGCAUUAUCUACGGUCUAAAGUGUUAUCAUCCAGUCACUUUUGGAAAAUACCAGCCACUUUUAAAGCGACCACCAUGUGGAUUUACAAAAUACUGCUCUGCGUGGCCGUGCUGGUUUACUCAGAAAGCAAGAGACAUGCUCUGCAAGACUACCAGAAGACUGAUGGGGCUCGCCUGGUUGCUUCACCUGAUUCCUCCUUCAUGACCAAAAGCAGGAAGAUGAGCGUGGGAAAGUGUGCCCGCCGCUGCAGCCGCAGCAGGAAACUCCCAUUCACCUGCAGAGCCUUCAACUUUGAUCAGAAUGGCACAAAGUGUCAUUUACUCUCCUUUGAUACCCUCACAGUGGGUGUCCGCACAGAGAGUGACUCCAACUAUGACCUUUACGAGAAAAAAGACUUUAUAAAAGAGUGCAUCAUCGGCACGGGAACGAAUUACAAAGGGAGGAGAUCCGUGACCGAGAAUGGUGUAGAGUGCCAGAACUGGGCUUUGAACACCCCACAUGAGCAUCAUUUCUUACCCCGGCUACAUAAGCAGAAGGACCUUCAAGGAAACCUAUGCAGGAAUCCAGACAACAGUACCACAGGACCAUGGUGCUUUACAAAGAACCCCAACAUACGCUACCAAAACUGCAACAUUCCCCAGUGUUCAGAGGUGCAAUGUAUGAUGUGUAAUGGGGAAAGCUACCGAGGACCCAUGGACCACACAGAGAGUGGCAGAGAAUGCCAGCGCUGGGACCUGGAGGAGCCUCACAAGCACCUUUUCCACCCCAAAAGGUACCCAGAUAAAGGCCUAAAGGAUAACUACUGCAGAAACCCAGAUGGGCGUCAGCGACCCUGGUGCUUUACCACUGAUCCCAACACUCCUUGGGAGUACUGCAGCAUCAAACAGUGUGACUCUGACAACCAGAGUGAGCUUGAAAGUACUACUACAUGUUUCCGUGGUAAUGGAGAAGGGUACCGUGGGACAGUGGCAAUGCCUCAUGAGGGUUUAACCUGUCAAAGAUGGGACACCCAGUUUCCCCAUUCACACCCCUUCACCCCUCAAAACUACCGCUGCAAGGACCUAAGAGAGAACUAUUGCAGGAAUCCUGAUGGCCGUCAUGCCCCUUGGUGCUUCACUACUGAUCCUAACAUCCCUUGGGCCUUUUGCAUGGACAUCCCACGCUGUGGAACCACAGCAGCUGAAACUGAAGAGUGUUAUACAGGGAGUGGGGAGACAUACAGAGGCAAGCAGAUGAAGACUCGUUCAGGCAUCCCCUGUGCUCCAUGGAAAGAUCAAAGUGAGAGGAAAGAGCGAGAGGUGGUGACACUAAGCGAAGAGCUGGAAGGGAGUUUCUGCAGGAAUCCAGACAAAGACAAGCAUGGGCCAUGGUGCUACACCAAUAGCUCCCUCAUCCCCUGGGAUUACUGCACAGUCAAGCGCUGUGAUCCAUUACCAAAUGCUCUACCACAAAAAGCUGAAGUCCCACAGGCCUCCUGUUUUGUUCAUAAGCAAGUGAGAAUAGUGGGUGGGGGCCCAGUACCGAUUAAAGAGGGCAGUUGGAUGGUCAGCAUACAAAAAGGGGCCACUCAUUGGUGCGGAGGCUCUCUGGUUCGUGAGGAGUGGGUGCUGACGGACAGAGAAUGCUUCUCCACAUGUGUUCCUGACCUUUCAGAGUACAGAGUGUGGCUUGGUUGUGCACAUCUGAAUGACUCUGACGAGAAUGUUUGGACGAGGCAGGAAAGGAGAAUUGCUCAUGUUGUCUGUGGUCCAGAGGGUUCUGGACUUGCCCUGCUGCAACUGGCACAACCUGCUCUCAUAACUGACCAUGUGAGGAUUAUCCAGCUGCCAGUGGCUGGCUGUAGGAUUCAGGAGGGCAUCAUUUGUUCCACAUAUGGCUGGGGAGAAACUAAAGAUACUGGACAUGAAGGCACAUUAAAGAGUGUUCAGCUGCCUAUCGUCAGCAACGAGCGCUGCGAACAGUUGCAUAGAGGAAGUCUUCAGAUCACUAGUGCUAAAGUUUGUGCUGGUGGAAAGAGGGAUGAAGGAGUAUGUGAGAAAGACUAUGGUGGACCGCUGGUAUGUCAGGAAAAAGGGAGUAAAGUUAUCGUCGGUGUGAGUGUCCAUGGAAGAGGGUGUGCUCGACACAAUCGACCGGGCAUCUUUGUCAAUGUAGCCCACUAUACAGGAUGGAUUCAUAAAGUGUUCAAAACCUAUCCCUACUCAGAUUUCAAUUACUAAAGCAGAAGACCAUGAAGUGGACAAUCCAGAGGAUCCAAACAAAAGUUCUGAAACAAAGCCAGACAUGACCCACAUUUCACACUUACAAUUAAAGUUGUGGUUAGUAGUAAAAAAUAUGUCCAAAAUGUGGAUUUUGACCUGCCUGGGUAGAUGUGUUUGGUUAAGAACUGUUCCGGUAUGGGAGUGUAGUACAUAGGCAGCACUGGAGUGUGGCAGCACUCAUUGUAUUGUGAACAAUGACACUGAAAAAUUAACUGAGAAAAAAAAGGAAAAACAGGUGAGACACAGACUCUCUAAAGACUUGCUUAGAAAACUAAGCAAGGAUAAGGACUACUGGUAUUUUAACAUACUACCAGAACCUGCACAUAAUGACUGUAGCAAUACCUAAAGACUGACCAAAAACCUCAAAUUCUGGAGGAGGAUGCUGACCCCACCUACAAAAAUGUUCAGCUUUUUUUUCAUUUUGGCUCACACAUGGCCUGUCAAACUAGGAGCUGGAGGAAAAACGAGGAUUUUUGGAUUGAGGAAUUGUCCUGAAUCUGGAUUCAUACCAAGAGCUGAAUUCACAGAGAUUACUAACACAUGUUCAGUAUAUUUAAACCUCAACUAUUAAAUAACCUACAGUAUUAGCUGUAUUACAGAAUGGUGUGUAUAGUAUACAUGUAGAAUAUCUUGUGGAUAGUAGUAUUCAUAGAAGGCUUCUUACUCUUAUGCUCCUGACAAUACUUGAAUAUAUACACAUACAACAAAACACUGUCUGCUCUAAUGGCACUUCCUCAUUUCAGGUGUUGAAGGUUAGGUUUGCUUUACGCAGGUGUCUGUUUUGUGACCAGUGAACAGUGUAGUCAUCAGAAUGUUCAUGCAUCCCCCAUCUAUGCUGUGCUUUGGUUAUUAUCAAAAGCCAUAGAAGGAUUUGGUCUUGUAAAUAGUGUAGUCAUUUGAGUGUUACAGACACUACUGAUGCUUGGGUAGGUCUUAUAGACCUUUUAAUUGAGGCUUUAAGAUGUAUUGCCUUCAUCUUCAGUGUUGUUCUACAUUUCUACAGUGGUGUUACACAUUUCAGAAAGGAAUAUGUGUGCAUUAGUUCUUGACUACAUCUUAAAGGGGGAUUCCAGUGAUUGUUUAAAAUUUCUGAAUAGUUCAAUGGAUAAGAUGUAAACAAAGUCUUUCAGAGUGAAAAAGUAUGAGCAGGGCAGAGAGGUAUAUUCAGGGUGUUGUAAGGCAAAAUAGUACUGAAUGAAAAUGUAUUUUAGAUGUACCGCUAUGUAAGUUCACUAGUCAUUUGGCAUGGUAAAUAACAUGGUUAGAUUUUCGUAGAAGACAUAGUGACCUCUGCUUCCUAUCGCUACCAUUGUAGAGAAAUCAGAGUCUGUAAGUGUCUCUGCAAUGCACCAUUUCACAUCAAACCCUUCUGAAUUACUUUGUUUACAUUGAUUGAACUAUGGAGAAAUUUAAACUUUAACUUAAACAAUGGGUGGACUGCCCCUUUAACCACUAUACUUGCCACUAAAAAGGAGAAAAACAACCUGAAAUCCAAAGGAAGGUAAAAAGUGAUGAAUUUAGAUUUUAAGUAUAUUAUAUACUUUUUUGAGCUCAUCAAGAGUGUAAGGGACUCUGCAUUUGUGUGUGUGUGCAAUGUAACAUUGUUCAGUAAUGUUCAUAAGAAGUGCCACUGGCAGGUUGCAGCUCUGCAGGACAGAGGGAGAGUAUGUGUGUGUUUAUGUAGAACAAAUACCUAGGACUUCUUCCACAGGCCUAGAAGAAACAGGUCUUGUUAGGGAAAGAGAUUAAUUUUAAUGUUUUUAUAUCCUGGAUAAGUUGUAAGACAAAUCCCCCAUCCAUCAGAGUAAUUUCUCCUGUGUGGUCGUGGAUUACUCUGGAUACAAGUUUCUCAUUCCUGACCUCUUACUCUGGACUGCCUCCAAAAACAAUCGACUUGGGAAAUUACCUCCAAAACUAUGUCAGCUAAAACAAAUACCACACUGAAAGAUGGCUCCUAAGUGUUUGCAUUCUAAGCAAUUCUGAUGCUAAUGAUGUUGGCUUAAAUGAAGGAUGAGUCUAAUUUGUAUGUAAGUCCAACAGCACAGGACAUUAAAGGGGAAUUCCACCAAUUUUUACAAAUUUCUGUAUAAUUAAAUGAUGGUGUAAACAAAGUCAUUCACAGUGCCUGGAUGCUUUCUAGAGAAUCAGUAUUGUUCACAAUGGUGUUAAUAAUAAUUCCUGGAACAUUGUUUUUUUUUAAAUAGUUUACAUUAGUUUUGAGAGGUUUUGGCGUAAAACAUAAGUGCAUAAGUGGCAGAGAGGUACAUGCAGGGUGAUGUAUGUAGUCCCCAAAGAAAACUUCAUUUUUUACCACUAUUUUACCAUCAUUAACAUAGAAAAACUCAGAACAUGUGUACGUUCACUGGUUGUAUUGGAUAGUGAAGAUGCUUUUAUUGUGUUGCAGACACUACAAAUCCUGCUCACUCUCACGCCACUGGAAAGUAAUGUACUCAACUGUAAACCUCUCUACAGUUAACUAUUUUCACAUCAAACCUCUCUGAAUGACUUUGCUUCAAUGUCACCAAUUGAAUUAUGCAGACAUUUUAAAAGAUCAUUGGAAUUUCCCUUUAAGUAGUUCUGAAGAUGUUAAGUAUAGUGCUGAAGAAAAUCAAGACAUCAUACUCUGUGAUGACUUACUGAUGAGUGUUGUAUAAUAUUGUGCAUCCUUCCCUAUUUUGAGUUUGGGUAAGAAAAGCAAAGACAGAAGGCUGAUGCCAUUCUAUCACAAAAUCACAGAGCAAAAGAUCGCAGUUGCAGCCUGAGCUUGUGAAGGUGUGUGUAUAAUGUAUUAGAAUAAUCUACAUACAGCCAUCCUAUUCAAGUCAGUUGUCAGUUUCUUUGCAGUUUUCAUUAGAAUCUUUGUGUAAAUACGUUUUUCUGUGUGUGACCCUCACUUACUGAAUGUACAGUGCUGCUAUCUACAAGGUUGUAAAUGUCGUCAAUGUAGUGUAUUUCCUUACUCAUACAGUCAUCGUGAGGGAUUAUUCAUAUUCAAUGUAUUAUUCAACUGUAUUGUAUGGUCACGUUGAGUUACACUGACAGCUGUAUUGAUCCGCUCCCCCUGUGAUUGUGUUCAUUAGAAAUCCUCUAUGUGCCUUUACUCCAGAAUAUUAUUUUAUCAUGUCUGAAAUAAAAUAAAAUAAACAGUUGUACAUUU